UCUAUAUAGAGGGGGCGAUGUGUUAUUCAAUAACGAGUUUAGAGCGCGCGCUAGUCUCUCCCGUGUGUCCGCGUGAAGAUGGGGAAAUGCAGGUCGAUGCUACAUAAGACUUUGGAUCUUUGCCGGAUCAGGAUCCAGUUCCCCUUCUGGUAUUUUUUAUAAACGUAGGUAUUUUGGUGAGAAUGUGGUCUAUUUUGACUUGCUUGACUAUCGACCGUUAUACAUUUAUAAAGUUGAGAGAUGGAGCGGUAUACUCGAAAAGCAACUCGUACCCUUCGUAUCCCCUGUAUUCUUUUUUAUCUUUUAUUAUCUUUAUCUUAUCGCACGUUAUACUAUCAGACUAUCAGACGAUAUACCCAGAAGCGAAAGAUAGCCCCGCAUAGAUUCUUUGAACCAGUAUUCGGGUACUAUGACGGCAUAGCACAUAAGCGUCUUCUACAUAAUGUAUGGGCAGUUUAUACAAUACACAUGUACCUGAUAACCUACACAAAGGUACUUGCACUAAGUAGUGUAAAUUCGCUCCACAACGACGUCGAUGUAGGUAGUGGAUGGAACCUUCCGGCCUGUAACGGUCCAGGGCGUCGGGUUGGGGUAAUAAUUUCUUGUAAUUCGGCCCCGGCAAGUCAGUCCUGCCAAUCCUGCCAAUCCUACCUCACAGCAUUUCUUCCCCAUAACCUCAAACCUCAUCCUAUCUAAUCCCAACAAGUAUUUUCCUAUCAGUGUUAAUCCUAGCAUUUGCCAGGAACAUUAUCGGCGUCUCAGAAAUAAUCCUCGUUCAGGUUUUUGCCAAUUGGUAUCUUAAUCCCUCUUAGGUCUUAGGUCUUAGAUCUACGUGAUAUUGCUUCUAGCCUCUUUCGAGUCCUGCAUUAUCUUAUGAUUUAGAACUA